AUGAGUGAAAUACGGCACCGGCGUGGUGAUGGAGAUGGGAAUGAUAAAGCCGAGAAUGCAGGCGAAUCGGAUCAUGUGGAUUCCGAGGAGGAAAAAGUCUUAGAAGAGAAAUAUGUGGACGAACUAGCUAAGUCGCUACCUCAAGGUACCGAUAAGACACCCGAGUUACUCGAUUCAGCGCUCUCUGGAUUGUCUUCGAGAUGGAGAAAUUGGGUGAUACGAGGCAUCUUCACAUGGCUGAUGAUCGGGGGCUUCUGCUUACUCAUCUAUGGUGGUCCCUUGGCCCUAAUGAUAACCGUACUCUGCGUACAAGUUAAAUGCUUCGAGGAGAUCAUCAACAUUGGCUAUGCAGUGUACAGGGUACACGGUUUGCCCUGGUUCAGAUCCCUCUCAUGGUACUUCCUGUUGACUUCCAACUACUUCUUCUAUGGAGAGAACCUGAUUGACUACUUUGGAGUGGUGAUAAAUAGGACUGACUACCUCAAGUUCUUGGUCACCUACCACCGGUUCAUAUCGUUCAGCCUUUACUGCGUUGGAUUCGUGUGGUUCGUGCUCUCACUCGUGAAGCGUUACUACAUGCGUCAGUUCAGUCUCUUCGCUUGGACCCACGUGGCUCUCCUCAUCGUCGUCACCCAGAGCUAUCUCAUCAUACAGAACAUCUUUGAAGGUCUCAUCUGGUUCAUUGUGCCCGUGUCGAUGAUCAUCUGCAAUGACGUCAUGGCUUACGUGUUCGGUUUCUUCUUCGGCAAGACUCCGUUGAUCAAGCUCAGCCCGAAGAAGACUUGGGAAGGAUUCAUCGGCGGUGGUGUGUCGACUGUCGCUUUUGGUCUUUUGAUCUCCUACAUGAUGUCCCAGUAUCCUUACUUAGUGUGUCCCAUCGAGUACUCCGAGUCCCUGGGACGCAUGACCAUGGACUGCGAGCCAUCUACACUCUUCCGCUUGCAGGAUUAUACGCCGCCGCAGUUUGUGCAACCCCUCAUGAAAGUGUUCGGCCGUGAGAAGUUCAACAUGUACCCGUUCAUGAUCCACUCGCUUGCUCUCAGCAUCUUCAGCUCCGUCAUCGGUCCGUUUGGUGGUUUCUUUGCUUCUGGCUUCAAACGAGCUUUCAAGAUCAAGGACUUUGGCGAUGUGAUUCCCGGGCACGGCGGUAUCAUGGACCGCUUCGACUGUCAGUUCCUCAUGGCGACGUUCGUCAACGUGUACAUCACCAGCUUCAUCCGCACCGCUACACCGCAGAAGCUCUUGCAACAGGUAUAUAACUUGAAGCCCGAACAACAGCUGCAGUUAUUCUACGCGUUGAAGGAGUCGCUGGAAAAUAGAAACAUCCUAAAUAUGAUACCGUAGAUAAAUUUAUAGAAAAAUGCAGGUACAUUUAUUUUAUUGCAUUGACGUUAACCGAAAUUGUUAGUGUAGUUUCACACUAGACGAGAUGUUGCCGAUUUUAUUCAAUUCCGUUUCUUCGUGCCCGGUUUAAUUUGACUAAGACUAGUGAACCAAUUUUAAUUUUAGCUGUGUUCGAAAUUUAAAUGCAUUUCUUUUUAUAUA